CCUGUUUCCUUUCAACUGAUGUAAGUUGGUCAUGUCUGCUCAUGGCUCUGUAAUCAGCCACUCGGCACUAAAAUCAGCUAAAAUGUACUUGGAGACAGAGCUGUGAGAGAAAGGCAUGUGAAAUGACCUAAGAACAGAAAACAUGCCGUUCAUUGCUGCUUGUCCUCUGGACUUCGUGUUUAACACAUCCUCCAGCAGGUAGUUGCUCCCCCUGCUUUUGCUUAGCGUAGCUGUGGCUGGUUUCUUUGUUCCUGCUGUAGUGGGUAGUACUGACCUAUUCAUCUUCUGCAAACCCUGGACCAGCGGCUGGAACAACAUGAACAUAUGCAGUGCUGCUCUGGUCUCCUCCCAUUUUGCACUGCUACAAAUUGCUAUACUGGGUGAUGGGCAAUGCCAUAUGUGCAUAGACCAUAUGGUAUUUUCUUCUCAAUCUACAGUUGGCUUGUUCAUCAUACAUUGUAAAAUUUUGCUAUAUGUGUCUUCAGACAGUAAAGUCAUGACAUGUGCUGCUGUUUGGAGGAUGCCGAAGGAAUUGGAAUCAGGCAGUCAUGAAUCCCCUGAUGAUUCAUCAAGCAACACUCAAACCCUGGAGCUACUCUGUCACCUUGACAACACAGCCCAUGGCAAUAUGGCCUGUGUUAUGUGGGAACCAAUGGGAGACGGUAAAAAGGUUAUUUCGCUGGCUGAUAAUAACAUAUUAUUGUGGGAUUUGCAGGAAAGUUCAGCCAAAGCUGUGCUCUCUAGUUCUGCAGCCUUGGAAGGGAAAGGACAAUUAAAAUUUACUUCUGGAAGAUGGAGUCCACACCACAAUUGCACACAGAUUGCAACAGCCAAUGAUACCACUGUUCGAGGAUGGGAUACACGAAGCAUGAGACAGAUAUAUUGCAUAGAAAAUGCACAUGGACAGCUGGUACGAGACCUAGACUUUAAUCCCAAUAAACAGUACUACCUGGCUAGCUGCGGAGAUGACUGCAAGGUGAAAUUCUGGGACACGAGAAAUGUCACUGAACCAGUGAAGACACUAGAGGAGCAUUCCCACUGGGUCUGGAAUGUCAGAUACAAUCAUUCUCAUGAUCAGCUGAUCCUUACAGGAAGCAGUGAUAGCAGAGUUAUCCUGUCUAAUAUGGUAUCAAUUUCUUCUGAACCAUUUGGGCAUAUGGUAGAUGAUGAUGAGCUAAGUGACCAAGAGGACCAGCAUCAAGAAGAGAAGAUUUUUGUAUACAGGCCUUUCAGGAUUAAAGAGCCCCUUCAGGACAGUGUAAUAGCCACGUAUGAAGAACAUGAAGAUAGUGUAUAUGCAGUUGAAUGGUCCUCAGCAGACCCAUGGCUAUUUGCCUCUUUAAGUUAUGAUGGGAGACUUGUUAUUAACAGGGUUCCCAGAGCUCUUAAGUAUCACAUACUGUUAUGACUUGUUUGAAUCAUGGUGGAGGUGUCAUCUUGGUGUACACAAUUGGUAGGUAUUGUUUAGGGGUUGGUUUGGGGUUUUUUUCAGGAUCUGUUUUUACUAAGUAUAAAUUUUGUUGAAAUUUUGUUAAUAUAUGUGCUAAUGUAGACACUUCUGUCUUCUGUAUUUGCCUUGGAAAACUAUGAUGCAUUUUCUGAAGGCUGUUCUAGUUAGAUGUUUUUUGUUUUGUUGAGGUUUUGGGUUUGUUUUGUUUUAGGGGCUAAUCACUUCAUCAACUACAAAGUUUCUGGAGAUAAUGGGUACUUCCCAUACUAUCACUUUAUUUCUUCAGCUUUAUGCAAAUAUUGUGGAUUACAGGGGUAUUAUUAUGCUGAUAUAAAACUGGGACAAUGUUGGGUGCAUGUAGCAAAAGUGAUCUACUCAUUUACAAGAAUAAUAUUUUAUCUUUCUGAUGUAAGCAGCUUUCUGCUCUUAGCUAGGGCCACAUUCUGCUAACUAUUCUGGUCAUUCUUCAGUGUUUAUAAAUACAGUUUGGAAUGGUCUUUUAAGGCUUUCUUAAUUCAGUCUAAUAUUUUAAACACUUUUUCUCCUAUUUUGCAUAUCCUAAAAAGAAAUGCUGAUUGUGAAGGGGAAACCAUCAAAAUAUAUUUUUCAUUUAAGCCUUAUGGCUGUAUCAACAAAGUACCAUCCUGUAAUUUGCAAACUAAAUGCAAUUUUGAGCUGUUUGUUGUUAUUGGAAACAACAUUAGUCUUUACGGAAAUCUCUUGUAUACUCAUGUAAUGCAUUAUCCCACAUAUAUAAAACUUGUUUGUGCUGUAAUAUAUUUUGAGGGACUCUGGAGCUAUGCCAUUGUUAACCUGAAAAAUCUCUUUAAUAUUUGUAAGUAGUCUCUCUUUCUUACCCUUUUGGCUCUGUGCCAUUCUGUAGUACACUGACAUGAUGUAGCAGGCUUUUUAACUAAGCACAAAAUAACCUUUGCUAUAUCCUACUCUUUGCAAUACCUGCCCUUAGGCAUUGGUGACUGUCUUGUUACAAAUGGUGAGAACAGGCAGAUGCUGCUCUGUAGGAGAAUACACAGAAAACUUGAAAUACAGAUUGAAGGCAUGGUGAAACAUGCCUGUACGUACUGAUACCCUCCCUUCUCUUUGCAGAGCUUUCAUUAAGAUGAAAAUUCUGCUGCUUGUUCUUUGUGUAUUCAGACUAACGACAGCAGUAAUUUAUUCCCUGUCACCUUUUCAUCACUAUUAUUUCCCAUUAACUUCAGAACCCGGGUAUGUGCAGUGGUGUUGGUUGUGGUAGCAUUGUGUAAGACCACUCUGAAGAAAUGGCAAUGAAUAUGGGAUGGAAAGAUCAAUCCCAGCCUCUUCCAGUGAUUCCUCCUGUUGCUACGGCAACUGUUGGUGUUAGGGUUGAGGGACAGCCUGCUGCUCACCUCUGUUUGUCCUUACCCACUCUUCGAUCGAAACAUGUCCAAAUGUGAUUUGUGGUGUGUACACAGCUGCUUCAGUGAGAUCACACUUCGAGAGCAUGACUGACUGCUGUAAGCCAAAACAUCCAGAAAAGAUGGAAGUUGAGUUCUAUUUCUGGCUUGCUUAAAGAGCUUGUUUGGAAGAAUUCAUAGGAGUGAAGUAAUCCAAUUAAAUCAUCUGUAUUAUUGUUUGUAUUUGUGUUACAAUGCUGCCUGUCUGCUCCAGAAUGAAUGCUUCAUUGGAAAUUCUGAUGGUCUGAUUUUCUGCAUUAAGAUUUUAAACUUGUGCUAUUUAAAAUGGUCUCAAUCUGUAAUUAGGCAUGAGCUAUUCACCUGUACACUGGGAGAAAAAUUACAUUUCCAAAUCAGUAGUGCUUCAGUUGUCUGACUAUCAAAAUCCUUGGCUGGGCUGCACCUGUAUAUGUGGAGCUUUCAGUCUUCAAACACAGAACCUUGUUGGGUCAUCAUGUCGUGUUGUUGUCUUCCCUGCUCUUUCCUCCUCCUCCCCUCCCGCCCCCCAACCCCCAAACCCUCCCCAAACAACAAAACCAACCAACCAAUAAAAAAAAAAAAAGAGCAACUAAAACCCCCAACAAAACCCAAAACAAACAAACCCCACCAAAACAAGCAACCACCCUGCAGCAGGACUCUUUAAAACUUUCUUCUUAUUAGCAAUAAGGGUCUAAUGAAACUUUAUUGUUUGUUAAUGUAUAAGGCUUCCAGUGUGAAGGUGAUGGGAAACUACAUACGAGUAUGUGGGAUUUGAUUUUUAACAUAUAAUAAAUGUGGGACAGAUUUCACACUG